GCCGGAGCAGAGAGCUUGUGUCCUGCAGGCGCCAUCGCCCACCAGCACUGGAACCCACGCCGCUGGGGCUGGGCUGGGGAGGGAGAGGUGUCCAGCCUUCUCUUUUGGGAGGUGAGAUGCUGAGGCCUGAGGGUUUGUAGGUCAAGAGGCAAGUGCCAUUGAAAGACAGUGAAUGACUUUCCAGGACAAGAACCAAUCAGGGAGAGCAGCCAGAAGCAUUGACUGAAAGCUGAAAUUACCUAAAUGAGUGAUAAUGGUCUCCAGCUGCCAAAGAAGGCUGUGGAUGCCAAGAGAAAGGUAACCAUUUCUCAUCCCCUCGAGUGGAACUGGAUGCCUCUAGGAGCCCACACUGGCUGGCAGUAAACAUGGCCGAGUUUACAAACUACAAGGAAACUGCCUCCAGCCGCCACCUGCGAUUUAAAUUACAGAGUCUAAGCCGUCGCCUUGAUGAGUUGGAAGAAGCCACAAAAAACCUCCAGAAAGCAGAGGAUGAGCUCCUAGAUCUCCAGGACAAGGUGAUUCAGGCGGAAGGCAGCAACUCCAGCAUGCUGGCUGAGAUCGAAGUGCUGCGCCAGCGAGUGCUGAGAAUCGAAGGCAAAGAUGAGGAAAUUAAGAGAGCAGAGGACCUGUGUCGGUUGAUGAAGGAAAAACUUGAAGAGGAGGAAAGCCUUACCCGGGAGCUGAAAUCUGAGAUAGAGAGGCUUCAGAAACGAAUGGCUGAACUGGAGAAGCUAGAGGAAGCCUUUAACAGGAGUAAGAAUGACUGUACCCAACUUUGUUUGAGCCUGAAUGAGGAGAGAAACCUGACAAAGAAAAUCUCCUCUGAGCUGGAAAUGCUCAGAGUCAAAGUGAAAGAACUGGAAUCUUCUGAGGACCGCCUAGAUAAAACUGAGCAGAGUUUAGUGUCAGAGUUAGAGAAGCUGAAAUCAUUAACUCUGAGCUUUGUAAGUGAGAGAAAAUACUUGAGUGAAAAGGAGAAAGAAAAUGAGAAACUAAUAAAAGAACUCACUCAGAAACUGGAGCAGAACAAAAAAACGAACCGAGAUUAUACAAGGAAUGCUUCUAAUCUUCUGGAAAGGAAUGACCUGCGGAUUGAGGAUGGUAUCUCUUCCACACUGCCAUCCAAAGAAUCAAGAAGGAAGGGCACUCUGGACUAUCUAAAGCAGGCAGAGAAUGAAACAAGAAAUAAAUCUGAAAAUGAAAAGAACCGAAAUCAGGAAGACAAUAAAGUCAAAGACCUUAACCAAGAGAUUGAGAAACUUAAGACACAACUCAAACAUUUUGAAUCUUUGGAAGAAGAGCUUAAGAAAAUGAGGGCCAAAAAUAAUGACCUUCAGGAUAAUUACGUAAGUGAACAAAAUAAAAACAAACUCUUAGCCAGCCAGCUGGAGGAGAUAAAGCUACAAAUCAAGAAACAGAAAGAGUUAGAGAAUGGGGAGAUGGAAGGGGAAGAUGCUUUCCUGUCCAGCAAGGGCAGGCAUGAGAGGACUAAGUUUAGAGGCCAUGGGGGUGAGACAUCUGUGUCUAAGCACACAUCUCGGGAACUGUCCCCUCAGCAUAAGCGGGAAAGGCACCGAAACAGGGAGUUUGUUCUUAACAAUGAAAACUAUUCUCUGAGCAACAGGCAGGUUUCCUCUCCCAGUUUCACCAGUAGGAGGGCAGGCAAAGCUUCCAACACAGGGGCAGGUACCGAUAGUGGGACCCAGGAGUCAAAGAGAACUGAAGAUCGAUUUGCAUCUGGCUCCUCUCAGAGUGAAGGGAAGAAGUCCAGGGAGCAGCCAUCGGUGCUUAGCCGCUAUCCCCCAGCUGCUCAGGAACACAAUAAAGUUUGGAAGGGUACUCACAAGCCAGGUACUGAGAGUGGGUUGAAGGGAAGAGUAGAGAAGACAACACGAACAUUUAGCGAUACCACCCAUGGAUCCAUUCCCAAUGACGUAUUGGGUAGAGCUGACAAGGCUUCUGACACAUCCACUGAGACCCUAUUUGGCAAGAGGGGGCAGGUGCCUAGCAAUGGAAGUCAAGUAACUCACACUGCAGAUCCUGGCAGUUCUAAGGCCAUUGGAGCUCUGGCCUCAUCUCGAAGAUCUUCCUCAGAAGGGCUCUCUAAGGGCAAAAAGGCUGCCAAUGGCCCAGAGGCUGAUACUAGUUCCCCAAAUUCCAAGGUUCCACUUUUAUCAAAGUAUCCUUACAGCUCCAGAAGCCAAGAGAACAUCCUUCAGGGUUUUUCAACCCCAAAUAAAGAAGGAGUUGAUCAACCCGUAGCAGUUGUGAUGGAAGACAGCAGUCAGCAUGAAGCACUGAGGUGUCGAGUCAUCAAAUCCAGUGUCAGAGAGAAGCCAGAUUCAGAUGAUGAUGUGGAUAUGAUGUCUCUUGUUACUGCCAAAUUGGUAAACACCACCAUCACCCCAGAGCCGGAACACAAACAGCCCAACUCUAGGGAAAAGGCCAAAUCCCGAGGGGGCCUUAGAACCUCCCUGUUUGAGAAUGAUAAAGAUGUUGGGACAGAAAAUGAGUCUGUGAAACCUGUCAGAGCCUCCACCAAUGCCAUGGAAUUCCCAGAGGCCAAUGGUGCUGGGGUAAAAAGUCAAAGGCCCUUCAGCCCCAGGGAGGCCUUGCGGUCUAGAGCCAUCAUCAAACCCGUCAUUGUUGAUAAAGAUGUGAAAAAAAUCAUGGGAGGAUCUGGAACCGAGGUCACCUUGGAGAAACAGAAAUUUGCCUCCAAACCAGGGCCAAACAAAGUUACAAGCAGCAUUACUAUCUACCCCUCUGACAGCAGCAACAGCCCUAGAGCCACCACAGGUGAGGGCCUGCGGGAAAGGCACACAGCCACCAGCAACAUCCAGGUUGGGCCACCAGAGCUCGCAUCAGUUAGCAACCAUGCCAACUCCCCCUUUGAGCUCUCCAUUCACAAACAUGACAUCACCUUGCAGUUCACAGAAGCUGAAAGAAUGGGAGAUGGGCCCCUGAAGAACAGGCCUGAAACAGUGGUCUCUCGGAGCAGCAUUAUAAUCAAGCCAUCGGAUCCUGUGGAAAGGAAUAACCAUGCACCCCCUGCAGAGACAAUCAGGUGGAAAAGCCAUAGUGCCGCUUCAGAGGUGAGCCCUUCAGAUGCCAGGCAUGUUACUGUGCGGAAUGCCUGGAAGAGCAGGCGAGAUUUGAACUCUUUGGAAGAUCUCCCAACUCAAAUAGUUAAAAAUGUGGCAUCUACCAGUGCCUACACUCAGCGGUCUUCCACAGACUAUUCAGACCUUGAUCAGCCCAGGUCGUACCUUUGUGAGCAGGGUACUCGAAGGGUAGGAAACCCAGGGGAUGCCCCUGAGCUUUCUUCCAGAAGGACCCAAAGUAGCCUCACUGUGUCCGAGGUGCUUACUCGGCAGAAUCGGGUAGGAGAUGCUGUCACGGCUGCCGCCUGGAACCACUUGGCAGGCACGGAGGAAGAUGAUGACUGCACACUCGGUGUCCACAGGCGACUGCACAACUCCCUGGAGCGUUCUGAACUGCCUGUGAAGCAGGGGCUGUCAGAGCCUGGGCAAGUACAGGCCGAGGAACGGUUACGGCCAACCAGGCCCUGUGCUGAGGAAAACUGAGCCAGUUGGGCGAGGCCUGUCUUCUCCUCUGCUCCUGCUUCUCAGCUCUUCCACCUUCCCUUCCUAUGAAGGAUCCCAGGCCUUGGCUGGGAGACUGUGGUAGAGAGCCAGGCUGUGGCUCAGGUCAUUUCUGCCAGUUGGCCAGAGGGGAUCAGAAACUACAAGCUGGACAGUCACUCAGGCCCAGGCUUCCCUGAUUGAUGCAUGAGACCUCUCUCCUUGUCCCUGUACUGUCCCCCAGGUAGAAUGGGCCACUCUGGCCCCCAAAUUAGGGAAUGAUAGAAACUCCUUAUAUCCCCACCACACAACAGUAGUCCCUUCCGUGUGGUUAAUGUUCUGAUUUCUGUCUCCUCACCACAUCCAGUUUGCUCCUUGUCUGCCCUAGGGGCCUAAGUACCUACACUAAGACUGACCACAGCCAUCAGUUCCAUUCCGGGCUUCCAUUCUUUUCCCCUUUGGAGUUCCUCAGACUUACUGAAGAUGUCUGUGCUGCCUCUGAAGGAUUAUGGGACUACACCAAGUUGAAGCUUCUCUGACCCGGCCCCCUUGCUGACCAUGCCCCCUUGCUAACAACUGUUUUCAGGGGGCAGAGUACACGGGUACCCGCCCACGUAUUGGAAUGACAUCUCUCCCCCAACCCCAGCUCUCAGCUCACCUUCCGAAGGCACCUGGAAGUGCAUAAACCUCACGCGUCUCCUUCCAGUAAUGCUGCUGGCAUUGCCUGCUCCUCUCCUGUGGCUGGAGACUUCAUGCUUUGUUUUCAUCUUCGGAAUAUUACCUGACUAAACUGGGCCUGACCCAGCAUACUCUGCCUUCUAGGAAGCGCCCAGCAAAGGGGAAAGUGGACAGGAAGAAGCGCUUUCCCUUUAGUUACUCCACAAAGCAAUAGUUCCAUGAAAGGCAUGGACUUUGUUCCUCCUCAGGCCCCCAUGGAGGAGGUAUUGCACUUUACCAAGCUGAUGCAUUCCUACAGAAGUGGGCCCAUGAUCUCUGCAAACCACGACUUCAUGGGAGGAAAGGUAACAAAUACCCAUCAAGGGCCCCAGAUCCAUAUGAUUGAAAAUGCAGCAAACUUUUCAGGAAGCCACAGAAGUAAAAAUUGAUUAGUUUACUUAAUACCAUUCACAUGGGGGGGAGUUAAAAAGAAGAAAUCUUAACACUUUUUCUGUAGCAUUCUCUCAAGGAAGGGAUCCCCUUCAUAGUGAAAGAACAUUGGAGUGGGAGUCAGGAAAGCUGGAUUUUCUUCAUGGUGUUGUACUUUGCCUCGGUGUCCCUAUCUAUAAAAUAAGUUCUUUGAAGUGGAUGAAUUCUAAGGGUCCUAAAUAUGGCAGUCUAAGAUUCUUGUUUCCAUUAUCCUACUGCAGGGGGAGGUGAUUCCGCUUUUGGAAGGUGGCAUCCAAAUGGGUUUGGAGAAUGUGUCCUUCCCACUGCCCUUGAUUGCUUUUCUGAAGGGCCCUUUUUGUCAUGAGUUUGAGCUUAGAGAAGCUCCCUUGGCCUCAUUUUUUCAGUCUCUAAAAUGAAGGGGUUAGAUUAAAUGGUCUCUGCGGCCCUUUUUGGCACCAAUGCCUUGCCCACUGCCACACAGUGUCUCCUGGCUUGCACUUUCCAUAAUACAAGUUGGUGUGUCUCCUGUUCCUGUGCUUCUUGAGUCAUUGUCUCUGCCUCCACUCAGCGUGGGAACCAGCGUUCAUCCCACCCUUGUCUGCAUCAGACUUGGCAGUCAUGGAGGCUUGGGGAGCACCUACCUUACUUUCAAGGACAGGAAUGUUUUGCUCGUAUUUCCAUUUUCUGGAGUUUUGCCAAUCUAAGGGCAUUGUCAUGUGGCUUGCCUUUCCUUCACAUUGCUGCCUCAGACGUUCAAACUUCAGAUGCUGUUUUUAAAACCUCUUCCUACUGCUUCUCCUGGGUCAAUGGCCAGAAUCUAGCUUGUUCAAGGCUGCAGCCUCUCACUUAGCCUCCCUGCCAUUGCUCACUGGUUGGCAACCCUGACAGUCCGAGGGACUAACCUCUUGGUGGUCGGCUGAGAACAUAAAAGUCUGGCUUUCCUCUACUGGUGGAAGCAGAAGGGUGCCAAGCCAUGCCUUCAAAGAUCUCGCCAGUAAUUCUCAUCUUUGGGCAUUGGAGCCCUGGAUUCUGGUGCUGUAGCUCCUGGUGCCAAAGUCUGGAACUUUCUACAUUUCAGCAGUAUCAACCUCUGCCACUAUCCAUAAUGCUCUGCAGAAGAGGGACAUUGUGGUGCCCUUUUGCUGGGGCUGCUAUCCUAAAAUCUGAGUGCAAUAGGGUUUGAUUAUAACAGUUAUUUCAGGAUAAAUAGUUUCAUCUGCAUAUCUUCUAGGACCGCUG